UCAAUCCAGACUCUGUGGGGAAGGUCAAAGCGAAUGCCCGCUUGCACCUUCCAUACGCCGAUCUGAGACGUUCUGGCGCGCUUCGGCCAGUUUACUGACGUCACUGCUUAAAGCGGCUGCGAUCCGCACGUCAUAACGACGCGUGAACGAGGGUUUGCUUCGGAAGGUACAAAACUGUGAUAUCUCCCUUCACUUUGGGUUCGUUCCAAUCAACUCAUCCACUUCCACUUUACAUCCAUUCCAUUCCAGGCGUCAUUUGUGAAUCUCUGUUACGUUUUCUCAUUUCCUGUAUUCCCAUCCUCACAUCCACACAUACACAAUGAUCCAAAGACGAAUUGCCUCGAGCGCCAGCUUCGUAGGCCGAUCAGCACGCCCCAUACCGCGCGUCUCCAACGUUCGUCCUCGCUUCCAAUCCUCCCGCUUCCAAUCCACGUCAUCAGGCUCCGGACCCAAUGCGGUCAAUUCAGGCUCACCCGCAGUCGUCGGUGCAAUCACCGGUUCACUGGCCACUCUCACCAUCGGAUACAUCUGGUACAGGCAAUCAGGAGCGAGGGACCUCCUCAAGGCGACGAAGACCACAAAGCAGUAUGUGAAUACGGCGCAACAGAAGCUCAAGGAGGCUACCCCAGAGCCUAACGAGGCACUCAAUUGGCUGCGCAAUGCAACAAACAGCUACGCUGCUUUCAUUCCCGGCGCUCGUGGCUACGUCGACGCUGCUUUUGACGACUUGGAUGCCAUUCGGGCGAAGCAUGGAGACGAGGUGGACCAGAUUGUGCGGGAGGCAUACGAUGAGCUGAGGGAUAUCGCUGGGAAGGGAGACUUGAGUUUGCUUACCGCACAGAAGGCGUGGAAUGCAAUUGUCAAGCACCUCGGCCGGAUCGGGGACUUGGCUGGUGAUGCUGCACAGCAGAUCUUGGACAACCAUCCUCAGCUGAAGGAGAAGGUUGGCGGUAACAUUGACGCUCUCAAAGAGAUGGGUCGCAACUACGGACCCGAGGCGAAGAAGGAGGUCGACAGGACAUGGGACCAGAUCAGUGACAUUGUAAAGACAGGCGUCAGCGCUCAGAAUAUUGAGAAGAUUCGGAACCUCAUCCAGGAGAAGACCGAGAAGGUCAGGCAGCUCGGCGAUGAGGCCUGGAAGAAGAGCAUGGAGCGGGCUGAACCUUAUCUUGACAAAAACCCCAAAGUCAAGGAGUUCGUCGAGAAGAAUGCCGAUACCCUCAAGCAAGGCAACGUCCAGGAGCUGUACCAGAAGAUCAAGAAGGCUGUCGAGAGUGGCGACAUGGGCGACCUGGAGAGCUACGUCAACAGCGCUGUCGGCACGGCCAAGGAUUCCGGGUUCUUCGAUCUUGACAACUACCUCCACAAGAUCCCCGGCGGUGACCAGAUCAUCCCCAAGUUGACCCAGCUAAAGGAGGUUGCCGAGAAGCACGGCGACGAGGCUCAACGGAUAAUGAAGGAGACGGUCAACGAGAUUUCGGAGAUUCUGAAGAAGAAGGGUGACGAGGCUGCAAAUCUGGCGAAGAAGGCGAAGGAGGACACUAAGAAAUAAAUAGAUGCUUUUCUUUUGUAAGGGGGCUUUAGAGUAGCAUGGGGUUUCUUGUAUGAUACCAGGAG